AAAUCUGAUCUUAAUCAUCCUGACUAUCAUGCCCAGUGAAAUAAAUCUUUAUGAAAUGUCUGGUCUAGACCAUAGUGACCAAACCUAUUCUGCCAGAUCUACCUCUGCUAAGUCCAGUAUCUACAGCACCAAUGGCAUGAGAGGCCAUAGACCAAAGUCAAGUCCUACAGCUGCUGGCUAUAGACAAACCUCAGGUCAGCAGUCUAAAAUCUCACGGCCAAAAACAGCGGCGGUGAUACUGGGAAGGACUGAGUGCAGCAGAGUUCACCAGCUGGAACAUGAGCCAACCAGAAGACACAACCUUGAGAGCCAUCUGCCCUUGAAGAGAAACAAGCCUCCCCCUUGGCAGAAAAUUCUAGAAUCCCCUCUAGUUCCUUUUAAGACUGGCCCUGGUUAUAUCCUAUCAAGGAGCAAAACAAAAUGCCACAUCACCAUCAAAGAUGAAUUCUUUGACCCAGUACAUGAAGAAAACACGUAUACAUCACAAGGAGAUGAAAGAGACAACUUGAUCAACCAACUCCAGCAACAAAUUUCAGACCUGACUCUCUACCUGGAGGAGGAGAGGUUAAACCACAAACAGACAAAACAAAACGCUGAAGAGUUCUACAGGGAUAAGGUAGAGCAGCUGAACUCCCAGCACCAAGAACAUAUCAAAGACCUAGAAGCAGAUCACCAGGAAGAAAUGAACAAACAAAAACAAGUUUUGGAACAAGAGCAUAAAGAAGUACAAAAUAUAUUGGAGAAACAAAUUAGUAAAAUGGCCAAAGAAAUUGAAUUCCUACAAAGUGCAUUUGAUUCCUACAAAAGUUCACUCCACUCUGAAACCAGUGAGAAGCUAAAAGAGAAGGAGGAUGAAAUGAGACUGAAAUUUGCUGCGGAGAAACAGCAAGCCAUGCAUGAGAUGAGAACAAAACUAAUUCAUGAAAAAAAUCAAGAAAGGGCCAAGGUUGAAAAAGAGCAUAAACAAGCAAUUGAUGCCUUGAGGAAAGAAAACAAAAGAGAAUUAGAUAGCUUGUUGAGAAGGUUCUCAAAUGCCGCUGCUGAUAUAGAAAAGCUGAAGAGAGUCACUGUUGAGCUGGAGGAAACAAAACAAGAGUUGGAGAGUGUGAAGGAGAGCUACAACACAACAUGUUUACAACUGGCCAGCACAACAAGACUGCUGACAGACUCAAAAGUGAGGCUGAUGGAGUAUGAAGAAAGGUUCCAGGAGAAGGUGGCGCUGGUUGACGACAAGUACAGGCACAAGCUGCAGGAUCUGAUGACACAAAACACAGAACUCAAGAGAUUGUUUGUUCAGAAAUGCGGCGAGCUGUUUGAUGAAAAAACUCACACAGACCACCAGACCCAGCUUCAGGUGAAGACAGCCAAAGAGACCAUGCAGACGCUGAUCAAAUCCAAAACCCGUGCUAAUGUAAGUGUUGUGUUGGGAGCACCACAGCAGAUACACCACAGGGGCAAGCACAGACCAGUCAGUGCACCAGCAACAAGGGAGGAAACACAAGCUGCCCACAACACUGCUGGCAAUGUUGAACUGCAGCCUGAGGGGGAGUUUGUCUCCCCUGAUAUACAUUUGAAUUUAAACUCCAAAACAGAAGAGCUGAGAGCUGAACUUUUCUCUUCUAGGUAGAGGAAGACAUGUCCAAAUAUUUUGCCAAAACUUUCCUUUAAAAAAAAUGUAAAUAUUUUACAAAUGAUUUUAAAAAAUAUGUUUUUAAAUAUUUAAAAAAUCACAACCAUUUUAAUCCAAAAAAAAAAGUGCCAAGAAAUUUCCUUGUACAGAGGUUUAAAAAAUUUUUUUUUAAAAUUACAAACUUUUUAAAG